AUGGAUCCAGUUGCAGCUCAUGGGCGUCCUCUUCCUCCUCCUUUCCACACAAGAGAUUUUCAUCUACAUCAAUUUCAACACCACCAACAGCAGAAUUCUGAAGAUGAACAAAGCGGCAACGGUAACUUAAACCGUGGUCAAAAGCGAGACCACGAUGAAAUCACCACUAAUAACAACGCAGCUGAAGGCAAAGAAUUAGUCCCUUCAAGUGGUGGAGAAGGAGAAAUCACAAGAAGACCAAGAGGUAGACCUGCUGGGUCUAAAAACAAGCCUAAACCACCGAUCAUAAUUACAAGAGAUAGCGCAAAUGCUCUUCGAUCCCAUGUCAUGGAAAUCGCUGCCGGUAGCGAUAUCAUGGAGAGUGUAUCAACUUUUGCAAGAAGGAGGCAAAGAGGUGUAUGCAUUUUGAGUGGAACCGGAACCGUAACAAAUGUAACACUUAAGCAACCAGCUUCUCCGGGAGCGGUGGUUACUUUACAUGGAAGAUUUGAGAUUUUAUCGCUUUCAGGUUCGUUCUUGCCACCUCCAGCUCCACCAGCUGCAUCAGGAUUGACAAUUUAUUUAGCUGGUGGUCAAGGCCAAGUUGUUGGAGGAAGUGUAGUAGGCCCACUUCUAGCAUCUGGACCGGUGGUGGUUAUGGCUGCUUCUUUUGGUAAUGCGGCUUAUGAGAGGCUGCCUUUGGAGGAGGACGAGUCACAAACACCGAUGCCCGGAAGUGGACCUUUAGGGUCACCAGGAGUUAAUAAUAUUGGGCAACAACAACAGAGUCAGCAACAACAACAGCUAAUGCAAGAUCCGAACACAUCUCUCUUUCAAGGAUUGCCACAGAAUCUACUAAAUUCAGUGCAACUUCCAGCUGACGCCUACUGGGGCACAGGCGGCCGCCCUCCUUAUUAG